AUGGAUUUUAUUCCUUUGACAAAUGUUAAGGAAAAAAACACUAAAAAUGAAAAUGAAACAGAUUCUGAUAUUUGUGAUGAAAACAAUAGCAAUGAUGGAAAUUUAAAUGAUAAUAAUACUACUGAUGGUAUCGAUGAUACUCAUGGUGUACCUGAUAAAGGAAAAUCUUCAAAACAAUUAAAAUAUGAAGAAAAAAUGAAAAAUCGUUUGUUUGUCAAAAUGAAAAAACCCAUUUAUUCAGAGAAUCAAAUUAAAGAACUUCAUCCUGAUAUAAAACAAGUAAUUUUUCCAAGAAAAAAAAGAUCAAAACCCAAUUCUUACAGUAGAGUUCAGUUGAAACGUGGAAAAAUAAGGCAAAAGAAUGAGCGUAAAGCUAAUGCGACACAAAAAUUAUUAAAUUUAUGGACAUAA